AUGGAAGCACCAGUGCCGGUUUCCUAUGGAUAUCCCGGUCAUGAGCUGAGAGCAGUUGAGCCCCGUCGCCUCAUUACUCCUCAUGUGGACCACAGCUUCUCAUUCUAUUCCAAUACCCCAGUAACAUUCGCUCCACCGCUUCCAUCGCCGUCUUACGAUGUCAGCCAUGUCCUGAACGUUCAUUCGAGCCCCUACCAACCCUUCUUUGGAGGAUCAUCCGGGAGCCAGAUCAAUCCACAGCCUUCGCGACUCUCUUCGGAACCCCCUCUGCUUACACCUCCUCCCGAUAUCUGCCAACCGAAGGACGGGUUUUCCGGAAUGUUCAGGGACUCCCAAGCAAAGAUGAUAGAUAGUCAUCGUUCCGACAACCAAACCAACCGCUUGAUCACUGAACCGCCGUCUGAUUUGAUCAAGAAGGAGCAUUCUUCUUCUUCUAACGCUGCUGGGGUGGAGUUCAACACGGAAGUUGACAUUUUGAUGAAGACAAUUCAGUCUCGAUCCAGGCCUCCAUCGCAACAACUUCCUCCUCUCCAACAAUUUGCGCACGGACAGAGCAGCUAUCACCUUCCUCCGACGACAUACUUGGGCCCUUCUCAGCCAGGACGCGUCUUUCUGACCAGUCAAGACCGAACUCAGAAUCCAGGGCAGAAGUCGAAACGAAAGUAUCAAUGCCCUCUGCCUCACUGUGGCAAGUACUUUACCCAAAAGACACACCUUGACAUCCAUAUGCGAGCCCACACAGGCGAUAAGCCAUUUACCCAUGAACGUCGUCAUACCGGCGAGAAGCCUUAUUCCUGCGACAUCUGCCACAAGAGAUUCGCCCAGCGUGGCAACGUUCGAGCUCAUAAGAUAACGCAUGAGCAAGCCAAGCCAUUUACCUGUCUCCUAGAUAACUGCUGGAAGCAAUUCACCCAACUGGGCAAUCUCAAGAACAAGUUCCAUUCAACAACUCUGCGAAACUUGACAAUCAAAUUCUCCUCGCUGCGCGAAUGGGAGAUGAUGACGCCAGAGGAUCGACAUCUGUGGGUGUACUUUGCCGAGCUGUACAAGAACAGCAACAAGGGGAUCAAGGGGAGAGGGAAGGACCGAAAGAUUUCAUGCACUGCCGCCAGAUCACCUCCACCGCCGCCAUCAUCGUCGUCAUCGUCGUCAUCAUCAUCUACUCUUGGGAAUCCCGAAGCAGAUGCAUCAACAACGAAAGGUCCACCGCUACUACCACCACCUCCUCCUUCAGGGAGUGAUGAUAGUAGUGACGACGAAGAAGAACAAGAAGAUCACAGUCAAUUAUAUAUGAAAAGGGAACAGUAG